ACCAUAUCCAGGGUCCCACGCUGGCUUUCUACAUGUGAGCGCCGAUCCGGCUCAAUUACUUCAAAUCUGUCCCCAAUCCGAGGUUCCGAAUGCGCCUCAGAUAGAUCAAAUGGAGCGUCGUCCUCCGGCUGGGCGGAGAAACUCUGCCUCUCCCGGACCGCAUCCCGUCCCCCGCAUUUUUGGGGUAGCUGUGUCUUACCGAAACUCACCGAGAUUUUACAGAACAGAGCUGGAGGCGAGAGCUCGGUCAAGGUGCUUCCAUUAACAAAGCAAGAACUCAUUGUUUAGCUAACUUAAUGUUGAGCUUACUCAUAGCGAAGGAGCUAUAAGUGAAAAAGGUGGCUUCGAAUUGUCCACCACAUCUUAUAAUUCACGCCCUUAUCCGGAUUCAAACAGCGCGCCCCUCAGUCAACCGAAACUCUGACUUCCUGGGAGUAUUUGUUUGUUGAAGCACUACACCACGCACACAGCUUGACCUGAACCGCCGACCUAGACGGACACUGCUGUGCUGGUGACAGAAAAGG